AUGAAGAAUCCUCCUGUUUUUAGUGCCCAACAUGAUCCUUUCUUCUCCCUUUCCACGGAAGAGUUCACGACUCUUCAGACCGCCUGGGUUCGAGAAAUCUCCGAUGAAGCCGAGCUAAGUCUUUUGUCUGAGUCGUGUUCAAGCGAGGCCAGCUCUCCAUUGCGACGACAAAAUGAAUACCUUCAGCAAGAGAACGCCAAAAUGCGUGACGCUCUCCAAGCUAUGCGGCAGAAUAUGGCACGUUGUCAGGGCACUAUAGCUGGGCUCCAGAAGGACAAUCAAAUUCUUAGUGUUCUUGUGGUCAGCACCCUGUACAACAAUCCACCACCCCUGGCACCACCAGCGCCUCGCAAGAAGCCCUUCAUCUACAAUCCUUUUCGCCGUAAUGAACAGAAGCCAUCAGCAGUCAACUCGACGCCGUUGAUGUCAGGAGACGGUGAAAUCUCCUCCGCCACUGUCACUAGCACUGCUGGUGCCGGUGAGUACUCACCACGUGAUUACUCGCCCGCGGUAAAGUCGACUGGUCGUCGGUAUGGUGGAAGGAAGACCAGCAAAAGUAGUCCUGGUAUCUCCUAUCCCUCCGAUGUUCGUCAUGUCUUUCACGUACCUUGUAAUCUCGUCUUUGAGUCAAAUAAUGAACUUUAUCCUCCUGUUUACCGGUGCAAUUUUUCUCCGGGGAGUUACAACACCUUCCUAGGACCCUCAAUUCCCUCGCCCACCAGUCCCACUAUAUAUGGCGGCGGAUCCGCCUCCUCUUCAUCCUACUUUCGCCCUCGUACGGACAGCCAAUCCACGGACCCACCUGUCCACCCAAGCAGCAUUGUUUUCUCACCUACUGAUGAUGCUGCUGAUAUAGCCCGCCACUUCGCCUUCCUUUAUGCACAGAAUGGCCUUACUGGUGCCGCGCCACUAAUUACGCAAAUGACAUCUCAAACACUGCAGCAAAGGUACCACCAACGGCUUCUCAAAUCCAGCGGUACUGGAGGUUUGACAAGCUAUAAGAGUGCUCCUGAGCUUUGCGAACAAGUUGGCUGCUCCAAGACCAGACCCAGCACUCUUGAAGGUCGGCACACAGUAUCACGGAGCUCCGCUUUUGAUCCCACAGACACCUCAUCUGAUCGAAAACCUGCAACUUCGUCAACUUCGGGGGCAAAUGGGAGUGUCAACACUUCAAAGCGUCACCGGAUUGGUUUGUCUGCCCUCUUUCACGCUUCGAGAAGUAAGCAUAACAGCGGCUCAGGCAAGCCGUCCUCCCCUGCCUGCGAAUCUGUCCCGCUGUCAUCCCCACCGCCUCCAGUUCCUACGAUAACGUCGGAUUUAUCGCCUCCAAUUCCUCCACCCAUUCCUCCUUCUGGCACUACAACCUCUGGUGCAGCUUCUCAAACUGGUCGAGCCCCUGGCAAGCGCAAAUCUUUGUCAACAACGCCACGACGCCUCCUGCUCCACAAGCUGUUCCAGACAGAACGCAACAGACAGCGGCGAGUAAGUGGCGGCAGCCGAAAGUCGUCAGGCUUGACAAAGAAGCACCGCGAUUCUAUCUCACCCGAUUCAUCGACAAUCCUGCCUGAGGGAACUGUUAAGAGUAGUCCAGAUGUAGAAAACAGGAAGAUGGCGAUGGAGUCAUCUCAAUGCAACUACGUUCCAACAGCUAUGCAGAUUCCUCCACUGCCACCUUAUCUUUUGCGUCAAUCAAAUCGCACUUUGGGACCUCGACGUCGGCUUCUCGACAUCAUACCACCACCUCCAGCUCCCCUUCCCGCUGCUGUAGCUUCCAUUCCAAGACCUUGUACUCUCUCAGCAACAUCUGACGGAGAGACAAAGGGCGGAGUAUGCAGGCGUCCCUUCCCCCUUCGUAUCAAGUCACAAAGUCUCGACGUCCUCUACCAACCAGAUGAGGCGAUGGCAGUGGAGACAAAGGGAGAGGAGAGUAAUGAAACCGAAGGCGAAGAGGAGGAGGGUGAAGAAACAGGAGGGGUAGCCCCGGUAAACCCCGUGCCACUGGCUUUAUGGUCUGCUCUUCACGUCGCCUCCAUCGCACCUCUUUUCCUCGACUGUAACUCCUCUGCCCCCGUGCGUUCUUAUCCUCCUACAGCCCCACAGUCGGCAUCCUUCGCGCGGGUCACUUUCUCACCCUUCACGGCGGAUGAAUUUAAUCAUGCAGCUGGUGUGGUGGGAAAAGCUCAGUCUUGUCUGGGUCGAAUAUCCUCCACUCUAGCUCUGACCUCAGUUUCCGUUGAUCGAAGUCGACAGCCUACUCGUCGACAGUGGAAUACACAACGUGAACUUUCCGCUCCCGCACCCAGUUCUUCGCCAUGGCAACGGAAGUCAAAUCAACUCCCUCCAGUGUACUAUUCACCGCCUCCGGGCAGCGGAGGUAUUGGCAGAGGCGAUGGUAGUAGUGGACGAGAGCCCUGCUGCAAGUGUGUUUGCCAUUCAGCGGGUGGCGGGAGCCGGCAGUCCUCAUCAGCUACUACGACAACAACCUCUUCUCAGUCCUCCUCUCCGUGGUUGCCCGUUGACAAUCCCGUUGCUCUCUCCAGAGACGCCUACCUCAAAGUUACUCAGGAUGGUUACCUGAAUCGUUCGACGAUUGGCGAGACUCUUGACGAUGAUGAUGACGAUGGUAUCGACAUGACAAGCGGGGUGCAGUCGGCGUCGUCGGUGCUGUUGUCACGAUCCUUAUGUGGCUUCUCUCCCUCACCUCUCUUCUCUCCCAAUUCCUUCCUUCAACAACAACAUCCGCGCCGCUCCAGUAACAGUCCACCUACUUCCUUUCUUGAUUCUUCAGGGGUGACUGUGGAUCCCGGUGACCAGGUUAUCAUUCUACCCGAGGAGGAAGAGGAAGAGACGGGUGAAUUGAGUUUUGGAGCUGGAGAGGCUGCUGAGGACACUGCCACUCUCUACGCUGAAUUCCAAACCCUUCCUCAUCAUGCACUCUACAAGACGGUCUAUGAUGGGAAGGUGGAUGGAGAUUGGUGCAACGGUUGUACACCUGUGUCCGAUCUGCCCAUCUCGGACUCCGAUGCAGUGAAUGGGGAGUUGUCUACGGAGCGCCCUACGGAAUUUCCCGCAUACCCCUGCCGUCGUAGAAAGGCCUUCCGUUUGAAGGACAAGCCAGAGGGUUUACUCAGUUCGCCUGAAGACGACAGUGCCAAUGGAGCCAGCGAUAAGUCCACCAUCCCCACCGCUCCCUAA